AAUUAACUGCCGUGCCACUGGGCUGGCUCUCGAAUUUUUAUUUUCAAGGGGAGAAGGGAGGACGUGAAGCAUUAGAGGAAGUGAUGGGUGGGUGGAAGAGCAGAACCCGGGGAGAGAUGUGAAUGGAAGGAAUGGGUUAGCCAAUGCCCUGUCACUUUCUGUCUGCCGGCCCUGCAGCAGCAGGAGGAGACAGCUGGGGAGCAGGGAGGGAGGGGGAAGGACCGAUUUGUGUGGGCUUUGUAAAGUGCCCAAGGUGUCCCCUUUGUCCACCCUCCCAGGCCCCACCUUCCUGGGCAGUGUGCAGGCCAGCCCCUCUCCAAACUUCCCUCAUCCUCGAGGUCCAACCAAACUCUCUGAAGCUUAAAACAGUUCUGAUACUUGUCUAUGGGAAACGCCUUCAGCGUUAGCUUUUAAGGAAACAAACCCAAAUCAAUAUCGUUACAUCGUUGUCCAAAUAUAUAUGUGGAAUAUUUCCGGACCCUAUUUGUGGGAGAGGUAUGGACAGAAGCAGCCCACACAGUUUGCGGGCGUCACGGCAGCCUCGCUGGUGUGAAUGCCCCCCUGUACUUAGACUGUUUCACGUGGAUUGGGUUUAUUGAAAUGUCCAGAGUCGCCUUUUCAGCUAGUAAAGCCGGCUAUGUCUCAGAGCCAUGUCUGUUCUGCGAGACACCAAUUUCUUUAACUGAAAUAGAACCAUUAACAUCCCCACAUUGGAUCACAGAGAAUGAAAGCCUUGUCCCUUCAGCUGGGGCCGGAGAGCCUGCUAUUGUUUCCAGAACAUGACUGACUGAUUCUGGUACAGCAUGUUGAUAUUGUUGACUGGUCCAGCAAAUCAAGAGAUGGUGAAUUCCAAGUGCUUGGUCUAGUGGGGCCCCUGCCUCUGCAUGCACUCCAGUGAUGGAGGGUGAUGGAGGGUGGUGCUGCCAAGAGAAGCAUCUAGAUGUCCUUCAGGGGUACCGUCAGAUUUGCUCUUGGAUAUCACUGAACUGUGAACAAUCUGUUUAUAGUGGGUUGUGUUGACACGGCACAGGUUUGUUUACCAGCCAUGCUGGAAGGACCCAGAAGCUGUCUUGCAUAAUUUCUACAAUCCCAGAUACUUGACAGAUGGAAAGAGAAAAUUCCGCCAUAUGCAGCUGAACGUUGGGCAUCACAUAGUAGAAUCAUUUUCCGUUAAAGCUUUCCUUAUGAGAUUUUUAAAAACUAUAAAAUGACGCAUGCUCCUUGUGACGGGAGAUACCGGAUGUGUAGAGGCAAAGUUGCGAGUCCCCGUUCCCUGCGCCCCAAGGCCUCAGUAGGUCGCCCAGAUCAACCUGGAGUAUGUUCCUCCUCCAUUCGACCUCAGGUUUGCUACCAUCCUCGCUGCUCGUGAGACUGUAUUAUGCAUCUUGCAAUUAAGACAAAUGAAGUUAUGUUUUUUAAAAUAAAGUUUAUUUGAAAAACAUUCAUCUGGUAUUAGAUAAAAGGCUCACCCAUUUGCCCUGCAAAAGGCUUUGACGGUCACCAGUGGGAAUCAAAGGAACCCCGGGCCCCAGUGGCUGUCACCAAGGACUUAGGCAAAUGUGCUGGUGGUUGUCAAACUCUGACCACUGGGAGGACCCGCCCAUGUCCUUCCGAGGACAAACUGUCAGGACAGCCUGCCCCGCGGUUGUGUUUUCCUGUGGCACCCAGAGUCAUAGUGUCAUGAUGGGCGUGUCUUUGCUCUGUGGCCCUUUCUCUCCGCAAAGGAAGUCCCUCCACAGGCACAGAGAGACCCUGCCUCCCUCCCCAUCCACACUUACGGGAGGGAGAGAGCAUCACCCAGGCCAGAAGCACCUUCCUCUCUCGAUGAGUCAUCUCCUUCGUGGACAGAGGGGAAAUGCAAAGUUAUACCGUUACCAUAACCACAAGUGCUGGACUUUCCAGGGAUGUUCUGGUUUACUACGAUUCUACCCCAAUGUGAAUUUCAAUUUCACGUCGGGAGAAAGAGGUGGCCGUCACCCAGAGUUAGCAGUGUGCAGCCGGGGUGGGCAUCCUCUGCUUUUCUUCCUGUCCUCGUUUCCUCUGCCAGCUGUAAGGAUUCAAAAGCAUCCCCUGCGUGUUCUUUGGAAGUAGCCUCUUACAGCUCAUUGUUAUUAAGUAAGGGACCAUUUAGGGCACAGUAAACCCAAAGUGAGAAAUUGAUCGCCUUUAUUCAGAAUUCUCUAUGCUUUUCGGCCAGAUAAUCAUUUCUUAAAAUAACGAAAACCACAGCAAAAAGUGAGCUCAGGGCAAGGUACUCAUCUGUGCUCUCCAGUUUAAAGCCACCGGCAAAACGAACACCCGAGAAAUCGUUAAAUAAAUACAAAAACCUCCCCCACGGCUGCCACAGGCUCCCUCUGACUCCUUAGGGGUCUGUUCUGUUUGUGUGUCAAUUCUUGACUGCAGGACGUUACUCACGUGGUUUUUCCAUUCUCAAAACACUUAGUAUCUCAUAAAAGCUUACAAUCUUACAAUCAAGUACAAAUUCUAUAAUUUACAACAAAAGGAGACACUAGAUCUCUAGUGACAUUAAUCAACCCCUCGUGGUUGUAUAAUAUUAAAAUUUGAAAAGUAAAAGAUCAGUUUGGAGCAAAGAAAGGAAAGCUACUCAUGGUCCCAUGAUCACUGUAAUCUUCAUUGAAAAGAUUAAUUUUCUGUUGUCUUGUCUUUUCUGGGUUUCUUCAAGCAGACAAAGAAAGAAGAUUUAAACAAAAGUACUUUGUGCAUUAUGUGUUUGCAAUUAGAUAUCAGCACAGAUUUGAACUCGGCUGUAGUUCAGAUUUAAAUUGAUACUUAAUUCUAAGGAUGAAAUGGUUCUCAUUGGCUCUUCCCUCAUCUCCCCAUUGAUGUGCAGGACUGAAAGAGCUGGUCUAGACUCUUUCCUUCCCCUAAUUCAGAUUUGGGGUCCAUUUGAUCUUCUUCACUCCUGUAAACUCAUUGACUCAUACUUUUUACUCGUAUUUAACUCGUAUUUUAAAAUGUUGAUGGUCCGUGGAGAUUUUAAAGGGAAGGAGGUAAUCCAGGAGCAUGUGCUGAGCGCCUGCUCAACCCAGGCCCCUGGCUCUGGCCCAGCCCCUGGCUGUCCCCUCAUGGUGGACCCUGACUACUCAGCCCUCCUUUCAGAUCAUUGUCAUCCCAGCUACUUCCUGCACAAACUCCAGACUUGCAGGCUGCUUGUGCUUGUGGUUGUGCUAAUAGACACAGCAGUCACUGUCACACUUGAAAACUCAGUGUCACCUCCUUGCUGGAGCCACUGCACGCCCACAGUUACCCCCCUUCCUGUCCUACUGUCCCCUGACUUGGGCCAUAUCUGUCCUGAGGUGGAGCUAUUUUUGCCCCUGUCUUCUCUCCUGUUAGAUGCAUCCUUCCUCAUUGGAAACGGGUACUACAACCCCCGUGAGGUGCUCUCGUAUUCUGCUUUCUCAGCACCGAGAGAAAUCUACAGGCAGGUAGGACAACGAAACUCAGGCUUCAGAAGAAUCGGGCAUGAAAUGGGGUUCUCAGGGUCACCCAGUUUUCUCCCCACUCGCUCCCGCGGUCCCUCUAUCAGAGUUCCAAAUGCGAUGGCAUUAUCCACCACCUUUAGACUUCAGCACUCCAGUUUAUACUUCACAACCUGCCUUGUUUACCCUUUGAUUAUCUUUUAUAUCCAUCUUUACCUAAAGUAUUAAGUAGCCAAAUAAGAUAGUGAUCUGAUGCUUUCUCAACAUAGCAGCAAGGCAGCUGGUAACUCAAAAAUCAAUUCACUGGGAGCGUCGAUAGCAACCAGAAAUGGGCAAACAAACGCAUGUCCUUUCUGCUAACAGGAUCGCGGUGUAAGUCAAGGGCCAUGGGUUCUGGGAAGGAUGGGGGAUUUUUAACUGUAUUUCUUUGGUAUCGGAUCCUCCUAGUAAUUAACACUAGGAUUCGUAUUGCAUGGUUCUGGGGGGUUUAAUCUGCAGCUUUGCUUGUAUCUUGACAGCUUCUACCGUCUGCAGAGCGAGAUAGCCUGUGUGGUUUUCCAGUUCGAGGAAGUGACUCUUUGAGGGUUGUUUGGGCAGAAGCCACACGCUACCACAUCUGGGGCUGAGUCCAGUUGUUAAUUAAAGACGAGCGACUUUCUAAUCUUGGUUUUCACCACCCGUAAAAGCAUUCAAAUAGAGAAAACUAAAUCUAUAUUUAGGUUUCUAGAAACAGAAGCCAACUCUGCUUCAACUUGAGCAAAAAAGAAAGUUCUGAGAAGGCUAUGGGAGCUAAAAAGGAUGGAAGGAAAAGCUGAGGAACCAGGUUUUGGGAAGGGUGGGACCAGAGCAGCCUUGGGGAUCUGGGCUGUAGGCACUAAUGGGGGAGUCUGUCAGGGUCUCGUGUUUCUGCCUGGGGGUCACUCCCUGCAGAACGCAGAUUUUGGGGAGAGGGUGGUUGUAGUUUGACCUCAUACAUUGCGGGUGGAGAAAUGAGGAUGUGACCAGAGAAGUGUGGGGUGGAUGCCACUGGCCGCUACAGCUCAGGAACACAGAGCACCUGUUCUGAGCUGGGCACCCUACGUGCAUCGUACCACGCAGCCACCACAAUCAUUCACUUGCUAGAUGCCGAGUGCGGACCAGUGCUGGUCUGAGGGCUCCGGAUGCAGCACUGCGCACAUCCUUGUGGGGCUUGUAUCCUAGUGGUGGGAGACAAUAAAUAAUGAGGAAAAUGGUGAGGUAUGUCAGAAGGUGAUCUGCGCCAUGGGAAAAAGAAAAAGCACAUCAAGUACAGUGGGGCGGUGGCUGCCACUGCAGUUGGGCAGCUGGGUAGCUGUCACUGAGAAGAUGAAUCUGAGAAAUACUUUAAGAAGCUGAGGGGGCCGGCCACUCAAACCCUGGGGGGCUAGUGGUCAGGCAGGGAGAUCAGCUAAGUGGCGGGACUGAGCCACAAGGAAGCCUGAAUGGUGAAUGAGCAGGGAGCCCAGAGGGAGGUGACAGGCUUGGGCAGGUCAUAGAGGGUCUUGCAGGGCCCCCCAGGAGCAGGGAUGGGUAGUUUUAAGGAGGGUCGCCCAAGUCUCCAGAGCUACUAAGUGGUAGGGCUGAGAGGUAAACCUAAGGAAUUCUAUGCUUUGCUGCACAGCCCACCUUCCACACUCCCGAAGAAAGACCCAGACUUCUGUAAGCGUCACCGCACCUCGGGGGAUUGUCCCCUAUCUCUGUGAAGCCCUCCGAGGAGGGAAGAAUGUAGCCAACACUACUGCUCAUUUGUCAGCUAAGUUGCUGUUCUUUUUCAGUAGUAGCUUCAGGACAUUUGAAAUAUUUUUUAAAAAGUAAUUAAAUAGCAGAAAUAGAAAAGUAAGUUCAUUUUUUAUCAAGAGGAAUUCUGAGGCUUUAUCUCAUGUUGGGCAUCUGUUUUAUCACCCCCAUCGAGAGAAGUAACUAAAGAUGAUAAGUAACUGAGACUUCGAUGCCCUCAUAAUCCUGCACCAGUUUUCUGAACGGAAUGACGAUUCUUCUGAUUAAUUAUAAUAGUACUUUUGGUUCCUGAGUAACAGUAUUUAAAGCAUUUUCUUAUGCUUUGUCUCAUUGUUCUACAAAUGGAAAUACCAGAUUGAGGGGAAAAAAAGCUAUUUCUUAGGAGGUGAGGGAUUUGACAGUGAUACAACACAAACAAAAGGAAGCAGGAGGAUUCUGGGAAAUGUUCCAUGACAUUCGGUACUUAUGAAGGAAGUGCAGUCCUGCGCCACAUAACGACGUCUCCGUCAACGACAGACCGCAUAUACAACAGAGAUCCCAUAAGAGCAAGACAAUUACAUCGCGAGGACAAAUCAGCAGUGAAUUCCAGCAUGAACCAGGCAGCUGUUGGAUAGAACGGUAGACGAGGAUAGGGGACGCUGAGCGCACGGACGCGCGUCGGUCGCCAGGCGCGGCUGGCUUGUGUUGUGACAACCGGCUGGAGACGCGGGACCGCGGUGGUGGAGCCUCUUCUAGAACAUGGCAGCCGGCCUUCACACUCACCGAAACCACACACUUCCUUCUCUCCUGAGUGGUUACCCACCGAGUAGCUCCCAUGAACAGCGCGUUCCUGGAGCUGGACAGGCGCCCCCGCGCACAGCCCGGCGCCCCGCGUGCCCCUUGCGCUCCGGCGCCCACCGGAUUAUAGGGUUGCAAAAUGAAUCGACCAAAGGUGGAAUCUUGAAGAACACGAGCGACUAUGAGGAGUUCUGGAAGCUGAUUCAGGAGGAAGAUGGUGGAACAGAAGUCAAACAAAAUCUCCAGAACAUAAAAUUUAAAAUGUCUGCUUCUAAACUCCGGUCUGUGGCUGCUCCAAGGGGAAGAAAAACCAGGCUGUCGGUCAAAGCUGAUCAGAGAAAAGAGACCCAGGUAUCUUCCCCAGAAUCAAUAGCCUGUCUGCCUCAAACACACAGAGGAUCUCAGCAGCCCACUCCCAGGGGCCUUCUUUCUUGGCUUAUGGAAUGGAAGAAAAAGUGUGAACAGCGAGAAACUGCAGGAAAAGUAGCCCAAGGCUGGGAGAAGAACAAGAUUCUCCAUAAAUCAGCUGAGAAGCAUUCCCGAAGUAAGAACUACCUCAGCUGCUUGUAUCAGAUGCGUUCUGCCUCUCUCGCUAACAUGCGCUUCUCCAGGAGCCUGCUGGAAGGAGACGGCCGCUUUGCAGAUGUGGACAGAGCCAGGGGGCUGCUGGAUCGCUUGUUCCCAGGCGGACACAGGCAGCGCGGCGUGCAGCCCAGGGAGACGAGGAGGGAAGACUCGCGGCCAGCUGGUCGGCAGCCUGCAGCACCGCCCCCCCUCAGCUUCCUGAAAUGUGACAGCCCAGCCAGUAAGAAAAAGGAUUCCAAUCAGAAAACAAGAAGACACCAAGCAGCCCCAUGUGGCAUGAGGCUAAGACAGCAAGGCGAUAUUGGACUAACUACGUGGAUUAAAAAUGAGACUGUAGCAUCCUACCUAGAUGAAGAGGAUGAAGAAAUGUUGGAAUUCCCAGAGAAGCAAUUAAAUGGCAGAUUUCUUUUUCUUUAAUUCAGAGUUAUGGUAUGCAAUGAGAGUACCAUCAAGUAACUAACAAACUCAUUAUAAAUGUGACAUUUUCCAUGUGGAAACCCAGAACCAUGGAUGAGAACAAACAGAAAUAAGAGUCAGUGGAAUCAGAGUCACAGAGAAUUGAGAUAAUGCAAAUUAUCAGAUGCAGAAAAUAUAAGGAUGAUUGCUAUCUUAUCAAUAUUGAUAAGAAUGUAAGUAUGAUUGAUAUGCUUAAAGAAACUGUAAAAAGAAAUUUCAGAUGAUGAGUAAGGACUAGGAAACCAUGAAAAUGAAUCAAAGAUGUUUGGAAAAGAAAGAAAUGAAGCUUUUAGAGCAGAAACAUGUAACAAAUAAAAAUAAAUAUUCAACGAGUGGGUUAAAGAGUAGGUUAGGCAUAACUGAGCAUAGAAUUAGGGAACUAUGUAGACCAAAAGAAAUUAUCCAAAAUACAGCACAAAAAACAAAGUGAUGGGACAUAUAACAGUGAGGUUAAGGGACACAGAGGCUAAAGUGAGAAAGUCCAACAUACGUUUAGUCACAGUUCCACUAGGAAUAAUCCAGAGAGUGGGGAAGAAGCAAUAUUUGAAGAAAAAAUUUUAAAAUGCCAGAAUUGAUGAAAGACAUCAAUCCUCAGAUUUAAGGAUCCCAAGGAAUCACAAGAGAAAUAAAUAAAAAGGGCAGCAUGUCAAGUGAGCUUCUUUAAAGAAGCCAGAGAGAAAAGACAAAACACUUACAAAGGAAUAAAGUUGGAAAUACAGAUGACAUCUCCAUAGCAACCAUGGACGAAUUCCUAGGAAAUUAUCUGAGUAAGAAGAAACGGAAAAUCCAAAGGGUCCUACAAUUAUUAAGUAAAUUGAAUCCAUUAUUUUUUUUUUAAAGAUUCCCACCUGAGUUAACAUUUGUUGCCAAUCUUCUUUUUACCCCCAAAGCCCCC